UCCUGAUUUACUUUCGUUGCUCCAUAACCUGAGUGCCACUGAUCAUCGCUCACGCAACGUGGUAUCGCCCUGCGCUGAUCUCCAAGGCUCUCUGUGAAGCUUUGCCCCUGGAGGCUUAGCAAAACUGGGUUUGGGGUGCUGGUGGAUUCCAUUAGUACUUAAGCUGACUUUGUUUGAAUUUCGCCUGACGGUCGCUGAGCUUCUGCAGUAACAACUCACAAUGGCGCCGGGAGCUAAGCGAAGAAAUACGAACGAGGCCGGACCUUCUCAUGAUGGACUCGGCGUGGCCGCCAAGCAGAUGCGGCAAGAUGCAGUGGACGAACAGAACGCUGACGUCGCGCAGCAGCAAGCCGCUCCUCAGGGCGACGCGGACAAGUGGUCUGCGAUGCGGCUGCGGUGCUCCUCCAAGACGAUGCGCGACGAGGCCGCGCUGCAAGACUUCCUGGCGACGCUGGCGGAGGCGCCCCAACUCGCGGCGCUGGAGCUGUCGCUGGGCAACAGGCCGGGCACCCGGACGGCCCUGCUUCAGGUGCUCGUUGCGCUCCACACGGCCACGCCCAGAAUCAAGGAGCUUGUCUUGACCUUCGGCGAGGCCAGCCUGGACAGCGUGAUCGCGCUGCUGGGCCGCGUGAGGGGCCACCUGGAGAAGCUGGUCGUGUCCGCGCCCUACCAGCACGCCGCGUACGACGCCCCGGGCGCCCUGCAGCGCUUCUGGACCGCGCUGGAGGAAACCGGCCUCACGACGCUCGAGCUCCCCGGAUACUGCCUGAACUUGCAGGGCUCCACGAAGGUGAAGCUGGUGCCCGCCAAGUGGCGCCUCCAGAGCCUGUCGGUGACGUUCGGGCCGCCGUGCACCAAGCGGACCCUGCUGCCCGCGCUGAUCCGGGCCAACGCCAAGUCCCUGCGCAAGGCGAAGGUGGGCGGCGUCUCGAUGCACCCGACCGACCUGGCGGCCGCGUUCACCGCCCUGGCCGCGUGCAAGGGACUCGUCGACGCCACGGUGCCCUGCUGCAAGAGCGUCGCCGUGCUGGAGGGCUGCGCCGAGCUCACCAAGAUCGACUUCACCGCCGCCCACCUCCUCAUGGCGGGCACGGCCGGCGAGGACGUGAGGGCCGUCGCCAAGGUGCUGGCCAAGCCGGCCGUCGCGGAGCGCGUGGACGACCUGACGCUCACGUUCUUCAAGUUCGGCGUGACCAAGCAGUUGGCGCAGGGCCUGUACAAGUCAGUCCGCGGCAUGCGCAAGCUCAAGACCCUGUCCGUGGCCUUCUGCACCGGCUUCCCCUCGGCGUUCAAGAACAUCCUCAAGAGCCAGCCGCUGCUCGAGCACCUGCACCUGGACGACGGCGACGAGCCGGCCUGGCAGCCCCGCGUGCUGGCGGACAUCACCCCCGCCAACGCCCCCUGCCUCAAGUCCGUGCGGCUGCACCCGGGGCUGCUCAGCGAGCAGGGCAAGCUGCAGGACGCGGCGCGCGCCAUCGAGCAGCGCUUCGCCGCGGCGGGCCGCCCCGUGGAGGUGGUGCUCGGCAAGCGCAACGUCGACAGGCCGGACGAUUCCUCGGACGAGGAGGACGACGACGAAGAAGGCGCGGCACCCAACCCAGGAUGUGCCAUCGCGUAGAGAUCAAAGUCCGGGACCGUCGGACCGUCACUGCUGAUGAGCUUCGCAGUGUGAAGAAUAGCCCACAGACUGGCCACAGAUGAAUGAUGUGUGACUUAACCGUGAUCUCUUACAGUGUCCGUUUGCUGUGGAAGUUUUUAAUUUGCUUUAUUUUUAUGUCGUGUCGACUGCCUUUCACUUGAAAUGGUUACGUAUCCGUCGGUCAAUCUUUCUAGUUUUCUAUUUUAUUGUGCGAUUCUCUUUACGGUAGAUCAUGGAGUACUCGUUGAAUCCUUCAGUCACCUUGACAUGUGUUGUAUUUUUAAAUUUUUGACUGCCAGUCUCUGAAUUGUGACUUCGUGCUUCAUAGCUAUUAAGGUAGUCGCAAGUCAGUAGUGACCCUUUUCUAAUUAUAAAUUCUGUAUACGACUGUGGCUAUUAUGGUGUGAAUAAUAAUUGAUCAAUUUCAUCUAUA